GCUGACGUGUGCAGAAGUCCUUCUUGUCCUGGUCGUUGUUCCCGUCUGAGUACCAGCUUCCCUUUUGCCUUGAGGGCGGGCGGGCCUGCGGCAGAGGGAAGGAGGAGGAGAAGGAAAUCGUCCCGGAUCCCUGCAGAGGGUCCGAGGCUCUGCUCGGUGACCAGGCUUUCCUUAGGUUGCGGCACAACGCCAGGCAAGAGGAGAGGAAGGAAAUUAACCCGGAUCGGUGAAGGUCGAUUUGAGGGUCUGCUGUAGCAGGUGGCACCGUUUGAAGCAAGGGAGGAACUUUCCGUGGAUCAGAAGAGAUCGGAGAGAUUGCUGGGUGUGGCACACCUCCAGGGAAGGGCGAGCAAAGUGCCUGUCUUGAGGAGGUCUCCCUCCAGAACAAGUCAUUGAAGUGGCUGAAGACCCUCACCCUCCACAGGCCUGCACCCAGGCCCACAGCCCUCUCCCCCCACCCUGAGUGACUACCCUAUUUGUUGGUCCCUGCUAUCGCCAGGGACGAUUGCAUGGGCUACGCCAGGAAAGUAGGCUGGGUGACUGCAGGCCUAGUGAUUGGAGCUGGUGCCUGCUAUUGCAUUUAUAGACUGACCCGGGGAAGAAAACAGAACAAGGAGAAGAUGGCUGAGGGGGGGCCUGGGGAUGUCGAUGAUGCUGGGGACUGUAUGGGGGCCAGGUACAAUGACUGGUCCGACGAUGAUGAUGACAGCAAUGAGAGCAAGAGCAUAGUGUGGUAUCCACCCUGGGCCCGGAUUGGGACUGAGGCUGGGACCAGAGCUAGGGCCAGAGCAAGGGCCAGGGCCACCCGAGCGCGGCGCGCUGUCCAGAAACGGGCCUCCCCUAAUUCAGAUGAUACCAUUCUGUCCCCCCAAGAGCUGCAGAAAGUUCUUUGCUUGGUUGAGAUGUCUGAAAAGCCUUACAUUCUUGAAGCGGCUUUAAUUGCUCUGGGUAACAAUGCCGCUUAUGCAUUUAACAGAGAUAUUAUUCGUGAUUUGGGUGGUCUCCCCAUUGUUGCCAAGAUCCUCAAUACUCGGGACCCCAUAGUUAAGGAAAAGGCUUUGAUUGUCCUGAACAACUUGAGUGUGAAUACUGAAAAUCAGCGCAGGCUUAAGAUAUACAUGAAUCAAGUGUGUGACGACACAGUCACUUCUCGCUUGAACUCCUCUGUGCAGCUGGCUGGCCUAAGGUUGCUUACAAAUAUGACUGUUACUAACGAAUAUCAGCACAUGCUUGCUAAUUCCAUUUCAGACUUCGUUCGUUUGUUCUCAGCGGGAAAUGAAGAAACCAAACUGCAGGUUUUGAAACUCCUUCUGAAUUUGGCUGAAAAUCCAGCCAUGGCUAGAGACCUUUUCAGGGCCCAAGUACCAUCUUCACUGGGCUCCCUCUUUAAUAAGAAGGAGAACAAAGAGAUUAUUCUGAAACUUCUGAUCAUAUUUGAGAAUAUCAUUGACAACUUUAAAUGGGAUGAAAACGAGCUUACUCAGAAUCAGUUUGGGGAAGGUUCACUUUUUGUCUUUUUAAAAGAAUUUCAGGUGUGUGCUGAUAAGGUUCUGGGGAUAGAAAGUCACCAUGAUUUUUUGGUGAAGGUAAAAGUUGGAAAAUUCAUGGCUAAACUGGCUGAGCAUAUGUUCCCAAAGGGUCAGGAAUAAAUAACUUCUGAAUUUUGUAGUUUGGAAGCAGCACACAUUGUAAACUAUUCCUUUUCUCCACCUUGUUUAUAUGGUAAAGGAAUCCUUUUGGCUGUCAAUUUGGAAUAACGAAUAUCAUACCGUAUCGUCAGUGCUGACAUCUAACCUAGUUGGACUUCAGGUUUUAGCUGGAUGAAUGAAUAUCACUACUUGUUCUGAAAACAUGUUUGUUGCUUUUUACUUCGCAGCCUAGAUUGCAAUAUUUUUACUAUUUCCUCUGCAUAAGUGACAGUGAACCAAUUCUUCAUUAAGUAAGCUCCCUUCUGUCAUUUGCAUUGGUGUAUCAUUAAUAAAGUUGUGUGUUAAUGUUGGAAUGGCAAAAAGAAUGAAAGAAGAAAGAAACUCGCCUUGUCCUUCGGUUGAUAAUCUAGUUGGAGAGGUAAGAAAUAUAGCAAAACCAAAGAUAGCCUAGGCUAUCUAGAACCAUAAUCUUCACUGUCAGAGGUGCGUCCUCAGAGCACAGAGCAGGCCCAGGCUGUUGUGUAAUACACUGCCUGGGGGAGGCAGCCACUGCAGAUGAGUCCUGAGGGGUAGGGUGGCUGCGCAUUCCGCAAGACAGGACUGAGGGAGGAAUGGUAGGAGAAAGGCAUUGCGGUAGGAACCUUCUUCCUGUGACAGUCAGCUUUGAACGGAGAUUGUGGAAGAGUAAAUGAGUUGGGAAAACUGGGAGAAACCAGUUGUGGAGGGCUGUUCGACUGUUACCCCAUUGGACACCGAAAGCCACUGAGUGUUUUUGGCCAGAAAAUAAUUGGGAGCCAUAUAAAAGUUCCCACUUUCCCCUCAAUACUCCACAGUGUCAAUGAGAGUGUGGCGAAAUGUGCCCUCUUAAACCCUGGUGGUGACUAUUUGGUACUCCAUAUCAUAAGCCUUAAAAUAUGGGAACACAUUGUCCUGAGCAGUAAUUGAAUAAUUGACCAAAGAUGGCAUGUCUCAGGCUCUUCAUCCUGGCUCUGUCUCAUGUAGUAAAAAUUGGAAACUACUUCAGUGUCUAGCACACUGGAUUAGUUGAAUCCGUUUAAGGAAUAUUCACACAGUAGGGUAUGGUAAAUAUGGCGGUGAAAAUCUAUAUUGCCGGGAAAGAUAUCCAUCAUGCAUUGUUAAGUGAGAAAGAUGGGCUAGUUAGUACUGUUCAUACAGGAGUCCAGGUUUUGAAAAUAAUAAAACAGGUUUAAAAGACACUAAAAACUCUGGAAUUAAAAACACCAAAAUAGUAGCAGUAGGUAUCUGGGUGAAAAGAUAAUGACUGAUCUUAACUUUUUUACUUUUUGUUCAUCUAUGUGUUCUUACUAUCUAAAAUGAAUAUACUAUCUAAAAGGAAAUUUUUGUAAAAUGAAAAUAUUGAGAAUGAAGCAGAUUGAUUAGAGCAUAAACUGAGUGGAAAAAAUAUUUAGAUUAAAAAAGAGGUGAGUUGAAGUUUUCCUCCUUGAAAUGAUAGACGAGUGGUGGAGGCUUAAUAUGAGUUAUUGUGAGGACUAAAUGAGAUAAUAUACACAAGGUACUGACCAUGUUCUGACACAUAGCAGUUAAUCAAGAAAGUGAGCAGUUUUAAGUACCUAGAAUGCAGGAUUGAUAGUUUGUUGGCUGAACUUUGUUUUGCUGGGGGCAUUCUGCCAUGUUUUGGUGUCAUUUAAUAAAUAAUAACAAUAAAGGUUAACAUUUAUUAAGUGA